GUUUUCUUUGCUAUCUAAAAAACACAACAAAGUUCUGGAACAAGCCACCCAGUCCUUGAGAGGUUCCUUAAGUUCAAAUGAUGUUCCUCUACCAGAUUAUGCUCAAGACCUCAAUGUCAUUGAAGAAGUGAUUCGAAUGAUGCUAGAAAUCAUCAAUUCCUGCUUGACAAAUUCUCUUCACCACAACCCAAACUUGGUGUACGCACUGCUUUACAAACGAGAUCUUUUUGAACAGUUUCGAACUCAUCCUUCCUUUCAAGAUGUAAUGCAAAACAUCGAUCUGGUGAUCACCUUCUUUAGCUCAAGGCUGCUACAGGCUGGAGCUGAGCUGUCAGUAGAACGGGUCUUGGAAAUCAUUAAGCAGGGGGUUGUUGCACUGCCUAAAGACAGACUAAAGAAAUUCCCAGAACUGAAAUUCAAAUAUGUGGAAGAAGAGCAGCCUGAGGAGUUUUUCAUCCCCUACGUCUGGUCUCUGGUCUACAAUUCAGCUGUAGGCCUGUACUGGAAUCCACAGGACAUCCAGCUGUUCACGAUGGACUCCGACUGAGGCAGCAGGUGCCCAGACCCACCCUCCAGCCAAAUAGCCCUGCUAGAUAGCUUCUUGCUAGGAAAGAGAAGCAAAUACAUUGCCCAGUGUGUCUUCAACUGGAGAGAAUCACACAGCGUGUUCCCUCACACACUUCAACUUGGAGAUUGGUACCAGUUGGCAGUAGAUCACUCAGCUUAGAGUUUAGUGCAGCGGGGGAGGGGUGCACAUAAUAAAUGUAAAAACUUGC